AUCUUGGAGUUACAAAAACGCGGAGGCUGCCAUGGACGUAAACAUUGAGGAUCUUCCUGAUGAAAUUAUCAUUCAAAUUUUGCAUUUUCUCAGCAGCGAAGACCUCAUUUCCGUGUCAUGCGUGAGCAACAGACUAAGCUCCAUCGUGAGUGACAGGGAUGUCGUGAGAAAUCUGGACCUGAGAAGCAUUUACAAGUGCACCACAGAAGACCUGAAACUUUUCUUCCUCCCACGAAAAAGAUGUCACAACAUCCAGCACAUCAAUUUAGAGCAUGUUUAUUGGAUCAAGGUCCCAAACUUUGUGGUGAAGCUGAAGAGUCUUGUGUCUCUGAAGAUGAAAGGAAUUCCUCUGACCUUUUUGCAACUCAAGUGGAUUUUAACAUCUUGCUCAAAG